CUCUCCAGUAUGUUUGAUGUCGGAGGUCAGAGAGACGAAAGAAGAAAAUGGAUUCAGUGUUUUAAUGACGUCACAGCGAUCAUCUUUGUGGUAGCGAGCAGCAGCUACAACAUGGUCAUAAGGGAAGACAACAAAAACCGGCUACGGGAAGCACUUGCUCUUUUUCGCAGUAUGAACAACAGAUGGUUACGAACAAUUUCUGUCAUAUUGUUCCUUAACAAACAGGACAUGCUGGCAGAGAAAGUAUUAGCUGGGAAAUCUAAAAUUGAAGAUUAUUUCCCUGAAUAUGCUUGUUACACCAUACCAGAUAAAGUAACUCCUGAACCAGGUGAAGAUCCCAGAGUGACGAGAGCCAAGUUUUUCAUUCGUGACGAGUUUCUGAGGAUCAGCACAGAAAGCGGAGACGGCCGUCACUACUGUUAUCCCCAUUUUACAUGUGCAGUGGACACGGAGAACAUCCGCCGGGUCUUCAACGACUGCCGAGACAUCAUCCAGAGAAUGCACCUGCGGCAGUACGAGCUCUUGUGAUCGCGUCUCCAAACUCCGCAGACAAAGAAUACUACUGACGUUUGGCACACCACACUUCGGUUUUUAACUCGUUUUAUUUCAACUCGUGAUUCGAUCGGCGGAGAGGGUCACUGGGUUUUCCCCCACGUUUUUAUUUGGAUUGCCUUUAUUUUUGCCAUUCCAUGAAGCCUCUGGCUACCUCCUUAUUUUUAUUUUUUUUAUUUUGCUGAAACAAAAAAUGAUAUCGUUGUGUAUAUUUUCUGGCUCCUGCCAGAUUAUGAAGAUCGCAUCACCUUGUGACCUCCAGGAGUCCUAGUCUCGCACCCCGAACCUUGAUCUUCUGACCUACAGGGCUCUCUGCUGCUCUUUCUGUUUCUGAACACUGAAGAUCGCCCACGGGACAGAGGCGGGGACGGGGCGGGGGGGGCUAGGGGUUGUCGAACACUGGGAAAACGAAGUGAAGUAAUGCACUUUUCCAUCCGGUUUUGACUGACGUUUUUCUUUACGAAGAUGGACACACAAUGUAGCAUCACAUCAUGAAUUUCUGUCCCACUCCCACUUGCGGACAGGUCAGAGGAUGGUGGGAAUGACCACGCCCCCUUUCAUUGGAAGUAGGCGGGGCGUUUGAAACGAGGAGGCGGGGCUCCGGGAACAUUGCCGAAGCCUCGGUUUGCUCUCGAGAACAUGACGGCAACACGUCCGUGACAAGAAACGCCCCCGUUUCUUAUUGUUUUAGGUUCGUAUCUUGUACAGACUGUGCAAGGUUGAAUUGUUUUUUUUUUCCCUUUCCUUUCCUGUACAGACUAUAAAAUGUUAUAUUAUUUUGUACAACUUUAUUGAAAGAGAGUAAAAAAAAAUCUACUUGUAGAUCUUUGUGCCUUGAUUAUGGCUGUACCUGUAAAUGAAGCUGAUACAUAUGUUUUUGACUGCGCUGUACAGCUUGAUGUCACCCCUGUCGGCAGAAGGGACUGUGGAUGGGGACCUACUCUGUAGAGUUUAGUUUCUUUUCUUUUUUUUUCUCUCGUUUUUGUUUUUUCUGCUUUGUUUAUAUAAAAAGAGAAAAAAAGAUCUUUAUUAAAAAAAAAAAAAUACAAUAAAUAUAGGAAAGAAAAUCUUAACCUGUAUACAUUAUGCAAAUUGACCCCCUUACCCGCGGUUAUGAUCGGACGAAACGGCACCACGCCUUUUUGUUUUUUUUGUUUUCCGUUUCAUUUUAAUUCUCAGCUUUAAAAAUUGAAGAAAAAAAAGUGUCCAAAUCACAACCUGGUGUUGUUUUCAAAGGAACCUUUUUGGAUAUGAAGUAUGUCUGAUUAUAUACACACACACGUUUGCGUCUGUGAGUGCGUGCGUGUUCACGUACAGGAGACAAACGUUGAGCCACAGAUGCAUGACAUUUGUGUACGAGUGUGUGCGCGUGUGUGUGCAAGAGUGCAUUGUGUGCACUCUUUUAUAAAUGUGCGUACAUGUAAAUUUAUACGUCUAUAUAAAUAUAUAUGUACAAUUCUACAUGUUUAAUUAUGUGUGUGUUGGUGUAUACAUACUUUAGUAUGUAUACAGUGAAGAUGUGUACUUACACACAUAGGUAAGCAUGUCUAGAGUGAAAUGAAUAAAUGAGAGUGCAAUAUUGAAAGCAACUGUGCGUGUCCGACGAUUUUCACCAUACACAAUAUAGACAGUAAAUCGUAAACUGAAAGUUUUUUUUUUUUACUUGUAUUUCUUUAAUAUCAAUAUCAUGUGAUAUCAGUUUAUAAUACACAUCCAAAUAUACUCAAUUUAUUUUUUAGAGCAACAACAUCAGAACUUCAAGAUGUACAUUUUUAUUUAUAUUUAUUCAAGUUUUUUUUUUUUCUUUCUUUUAUCAGCUGAACACCUUUGGCAUUCCUAAUUUAUUUUGCUUUUACCAAAACCUUUCAAACCAUGUGAUCCACCAAAACAACACAAAUUAUGUUACACAUGCAAAUUUUGGUUGAUAAAAUUUUAAGUUCAAACACGUUUAAUAUAUAUAUAUAGUAUUACUCCAGUAAAUCUCAAAACUUUUUAAAUCUGUAAAUACUAUGUGCUUAAAGUCAUGUUGCACAAGAAAUACUUUUUAAAAUAAAUCUUCUAAAGUCAUUAAAUAGAUUUUGUGUUUAUGUUUCUUAAGUCUUAAAAAUCUCCCACCACUAUUCUUUUGUCCGUCUACAAAACCCCAUACGUUCACAUCUCAACACUAAAAUGCUGACCACACUGAAUAGUCUUCAUUGCAAGAUGACAUAUCCAAAGUUUUUGAUACAUUAACAUAGACCUCCGAUUCUCCGAACUAGUGCAAU